AUCUAUAUAUUGAAUGGCGCCGACUGGUCUAAAGACUAAACUUGACAUUGCUCUAAAAACCACAAUCUCUGUUCUCUAUAGCCCAUAGGUAGGAAUACUUUUUUCCUUUUUUCUUUUUUGAGAAUCAUCAGGUAAGAAUACUUUUUAGUUGUUCGAAGCAUGUACAAACAAAGCUAAUACAAGUGUUGGUUAUAUGUGUGUAUAUAUAUAUAUAUAUUACAGUGUUUUACAAAUUGUAGUAUAAAUGUAACUAUGGUAAGGAAAUCAGUCAUGGCAAAGCCAAGCCCUCUCUUCCUUAUCUUCUUUCUUCAUUUAGUCCUCGUUUCAAGCAGUAGUACUUCUACUGACACUAGAUCCGAGCAUUCAAGAAAUCAUGUUGCUUUGUUCAUUUUCGGUGACUCUUUCUUUGAUGCUGGCAACAACAAUUACAUCAACACCACAACCCUUGACCAAGCAAAUUUCUGGCCUUAUGGGGAAACUUAUUUCGAGUUCCCAACUGGAAGGUUCUCUGAUGGGCGUUUGAUUUCAGAUUUUAUUGCUGAAUAUGCAAAGUUGCCAUUGAUUCCACCAUUUUUACAACCUGGUAAUUAUCAAUACUAUCAUGGAGUGAAUUUUGCGUCUGCUGGUGCUGGUGCUCUAGUUGAAACCUUUCAAGGGGCGGUGAUUGAUCUUAAAACACAGCUAAAGUACUAUAAGAAGGUACAGACUUGGUUGAGAAGCAAGUUAGGUAAAGUUGAAGCCGAAAUAACAUUAUCAAAAGCUGUGUACUUGUUUAGCAUUGGAACCAAUGAUUACAUGAGUAUUUUUGUAACCAAUUCCACUGUAUUGAACUCCUAUUCCAAAUCAGAAUACGUGGGGAUUGUGAUUGGCAACUUGACAACCAUCGUCAAAGAUAUAUAUAAAAGAGGUGGUAGGAAAUUUGGGUUCAUCAAUUUGCUACCCUUCGGCUGUGCUCCAGGCAUCAGAAUUGUCAAAGCAGAAAACAAUGGUAGCUGCUUAGAAGAAGCUUCAUCACUUGUGAAAUUGCACAAUAAAGCUUUGUCAAAGCUCCUCCGGAAAUUAGAGAAGCAGCUAAAGGGGUUCAAGUAUUCAUUGUACAACUUCAACAUCAAUCUCAGACAAAGAAUGAAUCAUCCUUCAAAAUAUGGUUUCAAGGAAGGUAAAGGAGCAUGCUGUGGGUCUGGGCAAUUCAGAGGAGUGUUUAGCUGUGGAGGAAAAAGACUGGGAAAGGAAUUCCAACUCUGUAAGAAUCCAAAUGAAUAUGUGUUUUGGGACUCAUACCAUCUCACACAAAGGGUGUACAAACAAUUAGCAGAUCAAAUGUGGAAUGGGGCAAGAAAGCCCAAUAGUGUAUGGCCCUACAAUCUCAGGGACCUAUUCCAAGCUUUCUAAUUA